AUGGCACCAAAAGCAGAUUGGGAGAAAUAUCGCGCAGAUCCAACAGAUCCAUCAAAGAAGGAUCAAGGGAAAGUUGAAGCGCUCGAUGACACAGAUAUUCAAAUACUCAAGACUUACGGCCAAGGACCUUACGCCAGGCAGCUCAAGAAAGCAGAAAAUGAUAUAAAUCAAGUACAAAAGCGUGUUAACGAGAGAAUGGGAAUUAAGGAAUCUGAUACCGGUUUAGCUCCUCCUAACCUUUGGGAUUUACCCGCUGACAGACAGCGUAUGGAAUCUGAGCAUCCACUUCAAGUUGCGAGGUGUACAAAGAUUAUUAGGCCUCACUUGAUGGCUCAGCAGGCAGCACAGGGAGCACAGCAAGCUGAGUCUGCAGAUAAUUCUCAACAGCAGCCACAACAACCCCAACAACAACCUUCCAUCCCUCUCACUCAACGCAUGGCUCAGGCUGGUCAAGGUGUUUUGGGCGCUGGUACCUCUGCUGAACAAUCUGGCGGUGAAGGCGAUGAUAAAUACGUCAUUGACAUCAAACACGUCGCCAAAUUCGUCGUCGGUUUAGGCGACAGAAUUGCUCCAACUGAUAUUGAAGAAGGUAUGAGAGUUGGUGUUGAUCGACAGAAAUAUCAAAUUCAAAUUCCAUUACCACCAAGAAUUGAUCCAACUGUUACUAUGAUGCAGGUUGAGGAGAAACCAGACAUUACUUACUCUGAUGUCGGUGGUUGUAAAGAACAAAUCGAUAAAUUACGAGAAGUUGUUGAACUCCCCCUACUCAACCCAGAGAGAUUCGAGAAACUCGGCAUUGAUCCUCCAAAAGGUGUUCUUCUCUAUGGUCCACCUGGUACAGGUAAGACACUCUGCGCAAGAGCAGUCGCAAACAGAACGGACUCCACUUUCAUUAGAGUUAUCGGUUCAGAAUUGGUACAAAGAUACGUCGGUGAAGGUGCAAGAAUGGUUAGAGAACUCUUUGAAAUGGCAAGGAGUAAAAGGGCAUGUAUCAUCUUCUUUGAUGAGAUUGAUGCUGUCGGUGGUGCUAGAUUUGAUGACGGUGCUGGUGGUGAUAACGAAGUACAAAGAACCAUGUUGGAAUUGAUUAAUCAAUUGGAUGGUUUUGACUCUAGGGGUAACAUAAAAGUUCUCAUGGCAACUAACAGACCAGACACUCUCGAUCCUGCUCUCUUACGUCCAGGUAGAUUGGAUAGAAGGGUAGAAUUUAACCUACCUGAUAAUCAAGGUAGAGCUCUCAUCUUGAAAAUCCACGCAAGAUCCAUGUCUUGUGAAAGGAAUAUUAGAUUCGAGUUGAUUGCAAGACUAUGUCCAAACGCUACGGGUGCUGAACUUAGAUCUGUCGCAACUGAAGCUGGUAUGUUUGCUAUAAGAGCAAGACGCAAGGUGGCAUGUGAGAAGGAUUUCCUUGACAGUGUUGAUAAGGUUAUUAGACAAGGAACAAAGUUCUCAUCAACUGGUCAAUACAUGCAAUAUAACUAG